CACCUUCAUCCGCCAUAUUGCUUUCUUGUGUUUUUCAGAUCAGUGCCGCCUGAGCUGAGGAAGAGGUGAUGAAGAGAGGACGCCAUUUUACACCAUUGGGAUACAGUCAUAGAUCUGCCAGUUUUUCUUACAACUAUGUGGGGACGGACCACCUGGUUCUAACCGGGUUUACGGACAAUUUAGAGAAUAUGCCUCAUGCUCCUCGGUAGUCCAAAACCUGGGCGGACCGCGUUCAGAUCAACGUGGUUUCCCCAAAUCAGCGCGGUUUCUAUCUGCAGCUGCAGGAAGCAUAAAGGACAGAGAAAGGCAAGACAGCCAGCUCGAGGCCCGUCUCUACUACCAUGCAGCGGCCGGGUGGUCGCCAUCGCCACAAUGGCCACUCUCUGCUCCGCAAUAACAAUUCCAUGAUCUCAUACAUCGCUUCUCCUCCACCGCGCGCUUCCUCCACGGGCGCCUAUGCGGAAUACUCCACCAACAACAACAGGCCGAUAAAGCCCGAGCUGGUCUGCAAAUGGACGGACCACGAGCACCGUGACCGAACUUCAAAACAAAGGAUAUGCGACCAAACUUUCAGCUCCAUGCACGAGCUGGUGGACCACGUAAGCACCGAGCACGUCGCUGGGCUCGAGCCCCUGAGCCAUGUUUGUAUGUGGGAAGAAUGCCUGAGAGAAGGAAAGGCGUUUAAAGCCAAAUAUAAACUAAUAAACCACAUCAGGGUACACACUGGGGAGAAACCGUUCUCCUGCACUUUCCCAGACUGCGGGAAAGUGUUCGCUCGGUCAGAAAACCUCAAGAUUCACACGCGCACGCAUACAGGUGAGAAGCCAUUUCAGUGUGAGUUCCCCGGCUGCCUGCGGAAAUUUGCCAACAGCAGUGACCGUAAGAAGCACUCGCAGGUCCACACCAGCGCCAAACCGUACGACUGCAAGUCCCACGGCUGCUUCAAGUCCUACACACACCCCAGCUCCCUCAGAAAACACAUGAAGAUCCACCUCAACGCACUCAAGUCCUCUCCUACCUCCGAACCCAUAGACCUGUCAUUCACAGGGAUUCUUGGGAAACGUAGUUCCCAGGAUUACGUAGCUUCACGGACUAACUGCUCCUCCUCCAGGCUCUCGCUGCCUCCGGCGGUGUCCAACAUGAAGGAGUGGUACGUGUGCACCAGGACCACAGGUCAGGGACAGAACUACCUCCAACUCACAGCGGACCAGAUCAAGUCAGAACCGUGUAGUGGUGAUGAGGACUAUUAUAACAACACGUAGUCGCAGCAGAACGCUGUGCGUUAUGGGCUGUGUCAACUACAAUGAAUCCUAAAUACAUGGAUAGAAGCUGUAAGAACAUAACAUACGUAUCAGUAUGGCGAUGUGAUUAUUUAAAACACUUAUUAUUAUUUUUUUAAACAUUUAUUUAACUAGGCAAGUCAGUUAAGGACAAACUCUUAUUUACAAUGACGGCGUACCCCGGCCAAACCCGGACAACGCUGGGCUUCCCCUGUCAAUAUGGAGAUGGACAGAUGUAAUGGAGACUUACUGUAUGUGUGAAUGUCUGGGCCAGUGUUCAUAAAGCGUCAUGUCAGAGUACUGAUCUGGGGUCAGUUUAGCCGUUUAGAUAAUAAUAAAUACUAGAGAGGACCAGAUCCUAGUGCUGAUCUGGGAUCAGUUUAGCCUUUUUAAAUCAUAUUGAAAAAGAUUGCAUUAGACAAGGACCUGAUCCUGGAUCAGAACUCUGAGACGCUUUAUGAGUACAGGCCCUGAUGUCAGUGUAUUAUCUAAUGAGAAGCAGUAGCCAUGAAAUGUAUUGCCAUAAGAGAUUAAAGACAACGUCCCUCUGACACCCAGGGGCCCGUAUUCACAAAGCGUCUCAGAGAAGGACAGCUGAUCCAGGAUUUAAAAGACAAAACUGCUUUGUAAAUACGGGGCCUGAUCAGAGUUAGAUUCUUAAACAUAGUUGAGCUGCGCUUGAUUUACCUUUUGGAGUUGGCACUUUUCUGAUUAGUCCAUUGGUUCCUGUGUACCGGGCAAACUAAAUCAAGCGCAUCUCAAGUAUUUGACAAAUGUAAUGGACUCAUGUCUGGUUGUAUAGCUACGCAUACUAAAGCAGAGUGUUCCGGUGCAGUAAUGUAAACAUAAAGGUACCUGUGAGACGGUUUGCUUCCUUCAAUAACUGUCAGAUAGAAUCUCUAAAGACUACUUCCAAUGGAAGAAAUGGUUAACGUUCCCUUUCCAGCAGCUCUGGCCCCAUAGAAGCCAUGUUAUGAUGUAGUUAAUGACGGGUGCAAACCGUGAUGGUUUAGUUGAACUCUGAAUGUGAGAAAUGUUGCCACAACCUCAUGAUGAGUCAGACUCUGUUUACAUGUGACUGUACUGAUCAGUGUGGUGGUCGCUGCUGUGUUCACUUACAGUGACGAGGUUUAUUAGAUUAUCUGGAACAUGUUAUUAUUGUGUUUAAAUCUAUUUUCUCAGCCUUUCAUAGUGCCUCAUUAAACCCUAUUCCCACAUUGAUAUACGUCUAUUGUUUAGCUGUUAAUUACCACACAACAGAUUCAUCCUAUAUCUAUGCUAAUAACAGCUGAUUUCAGUCAGACAAAUAUGUUUUCUAUGUGGUCAAAGUGAAUAGAAUCUGUGUGUAUAAAUAAUAAUAAAUACUCAUAAUUUCCCCCAGAAGUAA